AUGAAGGAGAACAACAAAAUCCUUCAGCUCAUCUAUGUGGCGUGGCGAGAACGCUGGUCGGACUCUCAAUGGGGCAUCAACAUAAAGAAGGCAAGCAACAAUCAAAUAGCGGAGACAGACGCAAACGAUGGUGAGCUGUCGUGUCAAUGUGUCCUUGCAACCCCUAGAUUAAAUAGUAGUCUCCCCUCCCGUAUAGAAAUCAAUAAUCUGAAGCAGCUGAAUGGCAAGAGCUUUGAAUUGAGUCUUAGCUUCGAAGAAGCCGCCAGUGGGUGCAAGAAGCGCGUGGACAUACGCUACCUGCGGAAGUGUGGCAAGUGCGGCGGCAAGUCGCAGUUGAUGACGCAUCGUGAUGUCGGGAAGGAGCCAUGCCGACGCUGCAAUGGCGCAGGCAAGGUGACCAAGCGGACGGUGACCUUUACGGCCGAAAAGACAUGUGAACACUGUAAAGGAAAGGGAUUCAUCAACCGCCGCGACUGCGAGCCGUGUGGCAACCGCGGUUUCAUAGCAUUCGGUGUCGAGGUGCUGGUUAAGGUACCGCCUGGAUCUAAGGACGGCGAUGUUAUCACCAUCCAAAACCCGAAUACCCAAGAACAACGUGUUAAUUAUCGCCUGGUGGUCGAACGCAGCGACUACUUUCGCCGAUAUGGCCUUGAUGUCCAUAGUGACAAGCUGAUAACUAUAUCGCAAGCCAUUUUAGGCGGCAGUUUCACUGUUCGCGGCCUCCACGAGCCUGUGGAAAUACGCGUUGACCCAGGAACGCAGACAAAUAGUGAGAUAAUAAUCAAGAGCAAGGGCAUACGCUGCGAGAAUGGAGUGGGCAACCACGUAGUAACUUUGAAAGUUUUUAUACCUACAAAACUUUCAAUGAAGCAGCGUCUUCUGUUCCUGAGUUUAGCCCAGGCAGAAGAUCCCAUUUUCGAGAGCAAAACCUCAAAAACAAAUAGCAUAGCGCUUCAAAACUAAUCUUGUUAAAUUUUCUGUUAAAUUACUCUGUCAAUUACUCUGUUAAAUAAUGUUUAAAUUAAGUAUGCAUUUCAAACGACAAACUAUUUGAUUGUUGCUUGCCUUCUUUAUGUUGAUGCCCCAUUGAGAGUCCGACCAGCGUUCUCGCCACGCCACAUAGAUGAGCUGAAGGAUUUUGUUGUUCUCCUUCAUAUCCCUCGCUCAAACUCCACUCUCCUUCCGUGAUGCAGUCACUUCUUUAUUUUAAAUUUUUAAGUAACUAAAUUUUGUUACUUUUCAGUUGUUUUCUUUUUUUUAGAGCACCGCACCGUAGUAGUGCUGCCAGAUUUUGAGAGUCCCCAUAAGCUAGAUUGAAGAAAAAAAUAAGCUAGAACAAGCUAAAAAUUAAAAACAAAUAGUUUAAAAAUAAGCUAACCAUAAAAACACAUCAAAAUCAUAGAUACUUUAA